AUGUUGGAUCUGCGAAUGCUGGGCACCGCUCUGGUGAGGACAGGUCUGAAAAACAUAUAUCGGAUGAAUCUGCCAUUAGAUCAGCAGGGAAGGCAGAUUUACAGUAAGCAGACGUCGUAUCCAUCUGUGCCUGCUGAACUCAGAGAUGAUUUGAGAGUUUCUAUUGACACUAAACUAAACUUUGGCUCCAUGAGAAAUAUAACCACAUCUGUUUUGACUUCUAUUAACACUCAGCUGGAGAAUCUUUGCUCUUUUGUGGACUUGACUCUGGAUAAAAAAACUGCACAUCCAGCUCUGGAAGUGUCUCAAGAUGGCAAAUCUGUAAGAGUCAGAGGAAACACUCACGACGUCCCAGGCGGCCCCAGGCGAUCUGAUCUGGGGGAUGGAAUCCUGGGAAAUCCUCAGAUCACGUCUGGAAAAGCAUUCUGGGUAGUGGAGGUGGGACAGAAAACGGGCUGGGAACUGGGCAUAGUUAGAGAAAAUGCAAACAGGAAAGGAAAAGUCUUCUGCAAACCCAGUGAGGGUUAUUGGGUCAUUGUGUUCAGUGAGCCAAACACAUAUGGAGCUUUUGAAGAUAAACCUGUUCAGCUGCAUCUCUCCAACAAACCUCAGAAGGUGGGAGUGUUUGUCGACUAUGAGAGUGAUCUCAUCUCCUUUGAUAAUAUGGACAAUCUGUUACAUAUUUACACAUUCACUCAGUGUAGAUUCAACGGAACGAUACGUCCAUUUUUUAACCCUCAUCCCAACAAAAAUGUCAAAGAUGCAGAUCCAAUGAUCAUUUCUUCUUUUAAUCCAAAUGAUAUGUGAGAGGUGUAACGUAUACAGUAAAUAGCGACAUAUACUAUUAAUAAUAAAGUUUUAUACUAUUAAUAUUAAUAUAAAAUUAAUAUUAUGGAACAAACUACAGUGUAUCAAAAUAUCAUGGUGAUCAAAGGACUUUAAGGGGGUUAUAGUAAUAGUGAAUAGAGGACAGAUUUGUAUGUAAUCAUAUUUUAAAGUGAAGAGUGACUAUUAGAAUUGUAUUCUAGCUUCCUCUCUUUAUCUCCAAAUCUAUUCAAAUUUGAAGUGACUUAUGUAAACACUCCAAAUUACAUGGAUAUGAAAUGAGCUCUAUAAAUUAACUUGGCUAAGAUUUAAAGGGGCAAUAAGCAGGGUUUACCCCCAUCUAGUGGUGAAAUUGUAUUUUGCAUUCAAUGUGUGAUGUUUAAAACAAGUAAUGUUUAUUUUUUUCUGAGGCCUGUUCUCCAGAGUCUAAAUAUAAAGAUAUUUAAAUCAAACCACCUUGUUCUCAGAAAAAAUUGCAUAUUUAACCCCUUACCUGGCACAGAUCAGUUUGAGUGGGGGGGGGGGGGGUUGAAAAGGUAAUGUACACUUUCAAAUUAAUAUAACUCCCCUUGCUGUUUUAGCCAUAAUACCCUCAUCAUUUUCAUUAAAACAAGUCUUUCAGGUUGGCAUACAAAAAGUCAUCCCUUCAGCACUCUAAUAAAACAAUGAAUGUUUUUGAAGUAGAAUUUCAGUGUGAGUUGAAACUGAAGUGAAUAAAUACAAUAAACUGAAGUGCUUUGACUAAUCCUGUGUCAUUAUAUCUAUAACAUGCUGAGACUUGUGGUAGAAUCCAAGUGCAGAAGUUUAUUAAUAAAGCCAGGCAAACAAGACAAACGGGUAAUCCAAAGACGUAAUCCAAUAUACAGGCAAACAAAAACAAAAAGGUCAUAACAAAAACAAGGCAACAUGAACAAUAGCACAAACAAUGGCAAGGCUUGGUAGUGCAGGUUAUAAUUGACAAUACUUCGCAAUGUGACUGACCGUGUGUCUCAAUUCGUUCCCUAGCUCCCGAGGUCGUGAAUCAGUAUAUCGUGUACACAGGUUCGGGCACUGGUAAGGGCACUUGCUCACUUCACAUUGGGACAAUGCUCACUUGUUUUUCUGUCACGUGGCUGCUUAAGCGCGUUGUAAUCACUCACAGCUGUUACUCAUCAACAACCGGCAAAACCAACAACUCUCUGACUUCAUUUUAAAAACAGUACAUUGUGAAAAAUGCUGUCAUUAUUCUCUUACAUAUCUGUGCAUAAAACUGGAGGCAUAUAAUUACAUUUUAAAUGUAAUAAAUAUAUUUAGAAUUUUAAAUAAAUAUUAUUAUUUUAAAUAUUGAGUAGAUUGUGGUCCCUUACUGUGUAGCAAUGUGUGUUUAUAUUUACAACUAAAACAAACGUUUGUCUUUAUAAAAGUUCUGUAACAUUUCAUAAAGUGUAUUGAGUUGGAUCACGUGAUGUUCGGUUGGCGAGCUUCAGAAAAGGUCACGUGAUUU